AUGGAGGAGGUCUUGAGCCGCUACGUCUCGGACACGCUGCUCGACGUGUCCGCGGUGAGCCGCUUCUGCGAGGGUAUGUCCGAGUGGCGGCUGCGGCGUGAGAAUGAGAUGAACGCCAUCACGGACAUCAGCAACAGAGCGGAGCUGAAGCCGACCAAGAAUAUCCUGGCGUAUGUGAAGAACAAGAUGGCUGCGGAGCGUAGGCGGUCAGCGUUGGAGGCGGAGCUAGCGGUGGCGCUAAAGGACGUGCUGCUCGGCCUGGAGGACCUGGACGUCUUCGUGGAGGCGCUGGAGAGGCUGGCCACCACCUCGCCACUCAUUUUCCGGGGCGAGGUGGUGAAACUGCCACAGGAUGUCGGCCGCUGGGAUGCGGCGCUCGCCGUGGCCGCGGCACGUCGGGCCUGUCCCCUCGCUGCCGAGUUGAAGCAAGACGCCAAAGUCUUCUUCGUGCCCAGGCUGGACAACGCGGCCGUACUGGUGUACCUUCUACACAAAUACGUGCAGACUGCACUACAAAUGUGUCUCCUGAUGGACAAAAGCGAGUCUCGCCAGCAAAUUGUCGGGUUGAUCUCAAAACACGAUUCCAUACCGUUCCCACGGACAAAGCUGGCGUUGAUAUGUACACGUUCUUCUUCCAGCGAGUUCUGCCUCAACGUGGCAACGUUGGAAGUCCGUGUGGAGCUCCCUGAGGAAUUAUCUUCAAACGACACGCAGAGGAUUCUUCGCCACGUUCGCCAGUGUGACCAGAUCAGGAAGGACGCAGACUUCCGGCUGGUUUUUGCGCUCCAGGAGGACGCGUGUCACCGCUUCCUAGCCGAGUUCAGCCAGCGUCGGGCUAGGAUGCUGGAGCUUCUGGACCAAUUGGACCAGAGCACCGAGACGCUGGUCAGGAAGAACAAGGCGGUGAAGAUCUCCACCGUGGCAGGUAGCUCGGUGGGCGCGGUGAGCGGCGCGCUGUCCAUCGCGGGGCUCUCGCUCAUACCCAUCACAGCUGGCACCUCGCUGGCUCUGAGUAUGACCGGACUGGGUCUCGCUCUGGCCAGCUGGGCCAACUGUGCCGUCACCUCCAUCGUGGACUAUAAACUGGAGCAGAAGUUUAUUAAGAAGGCCAGCGAGGUGAUGGAUAACUUUAUUGAGGACGCGCAGAGUCUAGACGACGUUGCCGACAAGACUCGCCAACUGGACGCCGCCGUCAGCGAAGUUCUCUGUGAGGCGCAUGAGGUCAGAAGAGUCGGACUGGUUGCGGACACCACCUCUGCUGUGAAGACCCCUCAACGCAACAAGGAGGUGGCCACCAGGGUGGGCAAGGUGGUGGUUGUGGGUGGGAAAGCGCUACGGAACGUCCACAAAGCAGUGGCGGAUGCCCGGUAUGUGGGCCACACGGCCCUUAAAGGGUCCGUGGCCGUGUCCCGCACGGCCAGGGCCGGACUCAUCCCGCUUAACGGAAUCUUCAUCGGCAUUGAUAUCGUCAUCAUCUGCAUGGACAGUGUUGCUCUGGCCAAAGGGUGCGAGUCCCAAGUGUCGCAAUUUCUCAGAGCCAGGAGUGCUCUGUGGCGGGCGGAGAUGGAAUCCUGGCAGAGGAUGUCCGACUCGUUGGUGCGAGGAUUGGCGUCUUUUGAGGAAAACCGGGCCGUCAUAGAGGCACCGGUUUACCGUGACGACAAACGCGACGAAAAGCAACGUUGCGUCAUUCAGUAGCGGCCAAAAAAAUCUACAUGUUAAAUAUAUAUCUAAAUCUUAAUGUUAAAUAUGUAAAUGAUAAAUGCUAAAUCUGUGGUUCGCUGGCGGUCUACAGCUUUAGAAAUGGCUUUUCUAACCCAUUCCAAACUGAUUUCUCGACUGUUGUAAAAUUUCUUUGGAUCGGGUCAUUUUGUUGCAGCUUUUUUAGAUCUUUUGUCUGACUUAAUUUUGUCAGGACAGAUUCCACUUAAAAUCAUUUCUUGAUUGAACAGGUCUGGAGGCAAUCAGGCUUGGGUUCAAAUCCCGGCCUCGUCUGUUUGGAGUUUGCAUGAUCUCCCCGUGCCUGCGUGGGUUUUCUCCGGGCACUCCGGUUUCCUCCCACAUCCCAAAAACAUGCGUGGUAGCUUGAUUGAAGACUCUAAAUUGACCGUAGGUGUGAAUGUGGGUUCGACUGGUUGUUUGUUUCAAUGUGUCCUGUGAUUGGCUGGCGACCAGUUCAGGGUGUACCCCGCCUCCCGCCCGAAGAUAGCUGGGAUAGGCUCCAGCACGCCCGCAACCCUAGUGAGAAGUGGUAAAAAAAAAAAUGGAUGAUUUCGCUUCUACCCAUAUGACCAAAAAAUUAAGAAUUAUCUGUAUUUUUCAAAGAAUUAUUCUGAAGUUAAGCACUUUUUUCAAACAUGUAAUCCUUUUUUUAAUUUACUUCUUAUUUUGAAAUUCACAGCCCUACCUGUAUUUUUUUAAAUUAAGUUUUUAUAACCACUAGGUGGCGGUGGCAUUUUGGAAUGAAAGUGUACAGCUUUUUCAUAACCACUAGAUGGCGGCAUACAUGUAUAAAAUCUGAACGUUUUUUCCCCCCAUUUGCCCCUAAACCUAUUUAUAAUGCGCACUAUUGACUUUUGACAAUUUUUUGGGGAAAAAAAUGUGCAUUAUACACGAGAAAUGACCGUACUUUUUCACACAGGGCCAAGCAACUGAAAUGUUUUUCCCUAAUUGAAAUCAUUUAAAAACAGGUUCACUUGGUUUAUAUUCGUCUCACAUUUACAUUUGUUUGAUGACCUUAAAGUGGGAAAACUAUGCAAAAAUAAUAUCAGAAGGGGGCCAUUACUUUUUCACAGCACUAUAUAUAUAUAUAUAUAUAUAUAUAUAUAAGACUUUUUUUUUCCAAUUGACUCACUUUUUUCCAAUUGAACUCCAGGAACAAAUCAAAUUUUUCACGAUAUUCUAAAUUAUUGAGACGCACCUAUAGUAUUUAAAGCUUCUCAAAUUAAAGUCCCGACUUGUUAAUGUGUGCUUGAGAAGCAUGUAGAGCUUCACCUGGAGCACAAGA